GUUCAGUGGAUGUGCUGUGCACAACUUUGUGAUUAGAUAUUUUACAAGUUUUUUAAGAUAUAUCACUUAAAACUGUGUAUUAGUGUUCAUUAACGGAUUGCAGUGAACAGUUAGACGUCAUAUAUGGAUACCAUUAAUGCAAAUAAGUGUUCAAACAACCUAGGUUGUCUGUCAAUGAAUAACGACAGCAAGCCUGUUGAUAUGCGUUUAUCUACUUAAAUAUAACGAGAGUUAUUAUUCGCUGUACCGCAACGCGCGUUAAUGGUUCUCCGAGGGCAUCUAACACCAAAGUCAGAUGAAGGAAUGGCCUCAGAUCAACCUGUGAAAAAGAAACAGCGAAUCGACGCGCCCGAUAUUGACGAUGGCAGCGAUAGGUCGGCGGAAGAUAUUCUUACUGAUAUCUUUGAAUCGGAAACACCAGCCGAGACAUCAGAAGAGUUUACAUCAAGGAAUGGAGAGUCUCCUGAUAGUGGAACUGUUAGUGAAGAUGCAGUGGACUGUUCAUCUAUUCUCAGGCUACCCAGUGAUUCUACUAUAGAUAUUAUACCAUCUGGUUCUAAUCCUGCCCCUCGCUGGACAUCUGAGGAUGACAAAUUACUUACUGAGUUACGAAAGUUACAGAAUACUCUUGUUGGACAAUGUUUAUGUGGUUAUGAUGAAAAUGUAGUAUCACAACUGUUUGACAGGCAACUUAAUAUAGUGUCAUGGCCCCUCACUUGCUCAUUAACCUAUCUAUCAACAAUGCAGCUUAUGUUUGAUAUAUAUUUGAAACAAAAUAGUACAGGCACAAUUUGUUCAAGAAUAAUGAGUGCUUGUGAUAUAUUUGUAAGAAAUCGACACGAUUGGAUCACAGAAGUUGUUGAAUUAGCAGAUCAUAAAAGUAAAUUCAUUACAUUUGUUGCCUGCAGAGUCUUAGCAAGCUUUUUAAUUGUGUCAAAAGAUACAGUUGAUGAGAAUUGGCUACAACAAAUAGCGGAAAACAUAUAUUUGUUUGAUAGAAUUAAUAGGAUAACUGUGCAAAAGAUAAACUUCAGUUUAGAUAUUAUAAAGAGGAUAGUAGAGUGGAAGGAUGUUGAACAGCAUCCUCUAGAAGACAGUAAUUAUGUAAAUACAUCAGGAAACAGUAAUGUGCAAGAGGAUAAUCCAUUCCGAAGUACAGCAAGUUACAACGGAAGCAGUAGUAAUACCUCACAAGUGCCUUCUAGUUCGAGAACUGAAAAUCUGCACAAUGAAUUCUCAAAUUUACAAACACAUGGUGCACCAUCAACAUCUUCAGGUGAAAAACCACCUGAAAAAACUGUUACGUUCAAGUUACAUGAACCAGUAUUAAAAUUUUCUAAUCAACAAUUAGUAGAACUGCCAGUUACUCCAGAACCUCCUCCGGCCAGGAUAGAAAGGGUCAGUGAAAAUGGCUGCAUUACAGUUAUUUUAACUGAUUCUGAAUCCUUUGACACAUCGCACAUAAAAUGCCUCACGAUAAAAACGUUGGAACAUCACUGGCCAGUUUUAGUCAAAAAUAUGAAACUAUUGCUACUAAGGUACCUGAAUUUAGCUAACGCUGAAAACUGUAUACUAACAUUUUUCUCCCUAUGGGAGAAUAUAAUAAGUGUUAAGGCUAAUCUUUCUAUAAUUGAUACUAAGCCGUUCUAUGCAGAUUUGCAGAGCUUUGUAGAUCUAUUGAGGAAUAGAAUGCUGCCAAGUUUAAUAUAUUCACAUUUGUUAAGUCUAUUUAAUGAGGUUCUGUGUUAUGGAUCUACUUUAGCGCUGCAAGAUAUUCUACCUGAAGAGAUAUGUUGUUUAGCGCAUUCCAUUGUGAGAUAUGUUAAAGAUUUUAGGCUGCUAACAGAUGUGAGAAUACAGAGGAGUAGAAGUGGCUUUGGUUUUUUAGGUAAUGAAUGCACUAUAAUAAGGGAUUAUUCACUCGGACCUGAAGUAAAUCCGAUGUCUUCAUCUAUUCAAUUAGUAGAUCAGAGUUAUGGAAUAGAUGAUAAUGAAGAUUCUUCCAAUGCAAGGAGCGAUGUGGACAAAACUACAUUACAACGUAUGUCUCUAUUAGUUUUAAAGUCUGUGGCGGUUACAGUAAAAGAGAUGCGAUGUGACUCCUCCGACAGUUCUAUAGAUUCAUCAGACUAUAACGCUAUUCAAGAUAUGCAAAUAGUUGAGAGAUCUAUACGAGAUGUGUUGAAGAAAUUAGAUGUUUUCAUAAGGAACAGUUUAGAAUUUCAUCCAGAAACACCGUUCACAAAGAUGCUUAUCCAUUUGUUUAGUGAACAAGAUGAUUAUCUAAUUGAAUCAAUGGUAUGUACGUUAGAUAUAACAGUUGGUAUUGUAUACAGAAAUUCUAUGUAUCCAGAUUUAAUACUAAUGUUGAAUCCUAUAUCAUCAUUUAUAGAGUUUUUGAAGAUUGUAUCACACGACAGCGAUGUACUUUUAGAUUAUUUAGUAAGCAAUGAGACAUGUUUCUUAUUGUAUUUGCUGAGAUUUCUGAAAUAUGUACGGAGGAAUUGGCCCAAGUUUUUAGAUACUUGUCAAUUGACUGACUCCGGAGGCAGUAGGGGUUUAGAUGAUACGAUGCGUGUGUUAAUAAGGUUACGACUGCAGAUCAGCAGGUUGGUGUCGAAAUCUCUUUUCCCGUAUAACAUCAGCCCUGUAUUAAGGUUGUUGGAAGUUUGUGAGAGUUUGUAUGAAGGUAAUGAAUUUAGCUGAAGUGUAGAAUAUGAUGAUCGCUGACUGCAAU